AUGUAUCUAUUUCCUUCAACCAUCACUGCCGUCCUCGCUUUCUCAACUCUAGUCUUUGCAAUUGAAGGAUCGCUUUCUCAACGCAAAAUCUGUAUCGCCAAAGGUGACGUCUGUCACAAAACGGGCGAAUCAUGCUGUGAUGGAUUCAAAUGUGCGCUUGCGCAUGGGGGGAAGGCGGAUGUGGGGUAUUGUACUGAGAGCGGACUCUUGUUGCAGGAUUAUUACCAGGCGAGUUUACCUUGA